AAGCUCGAAUACGAUCGGGAGCAGCUUGCAAUUGUCGAAAACAAAGGUCGCGGUUUGGGAACUAUGGGACAAUGGAAGGGAAAAGACCAUUGGUAUGGAGGGAAGAUCCAGCAAGUUGCUCGGGUCGUGAAAGCCGGGACGGAUUUUAAAUUCGAACUCGAGAAACCGGAGAUUCGGAGAUCACACCGAUUUGCUCGGUUCUUGGGGUCUCGACGUAUCCUUCAAGUUCGUGUGCCAGAUAACCUUACCUAUGGUAAAGUCGGCUCGGAACUUCGGGAACUCUUAAUAUCAAGUAAAUUCGUAUUGUGCGGCCGCGUUUUCGUACCCUUUCAUGCUAAGGAAGGGAGCGUGUGCCUGUUUGAAACGAACGAGAACAUUGAUCGGCAGACGAACGAUGGCGACGGCGACAUUCACAGACUGACGCUGUACCGGUUUGUGCAGUGGCAUAAUCCUCAGAUGUUGAAUUCGAUGCAGUCCAUCAGCAAGUGGUCUACACGAUGGGCGCUCGGCUUAUCAACGUCGGUGCCAACGAUUGAAUUUCGUUCAGAAAACAUAUUCUUCAUUGGUAUUGCUUUAAUGUAUGAACGAGUGAACAGUUCGAGGUGGAAUUGAGUGCCUAAUGCAGGGAGAUAGACGCCGUAUGUAUGUAAAUGUUGUGUCAUAAGCCAUACGAGCCCUCGCUUUGUGUUUGUUCGCUGUU